AUGGAACGCACUUACAUCAUGAUUAAGCCGGACGGCGUCCAACGUGGUCUCAUCCACAAAGUCAUCGAGAGAUUUGAGCAAAGAGGCUUCUACUUGAAGGCCAUGAAGAUGCAAAUGGUCACCAAGGAACACGCGGAAAAACACUACGCGGAUUUGAGCUCCAAGCCGUUUUUCGCUGGAUUAGUCACGUACAUGUGCUCUGGCCCGGUCGUUUGCAUGGUCUGGGAAGGCAAGGACGUCGUCAAGACUGGUAGAAAGAUCAUCGGUGCGACCAACCCGUUGGCCUCGGAGCCGGGAUCUUUGAGAGGUGAUUUCUGCAUCGAAGUUGGAAGAAAUGUCAUCCAUGGCUCCGAUGCCGUCGAGUCGGCGCAGCACGAAAUCGGUUUGUGGUUCCCGGAAGGCGUUUGCGAAUACGAACACGCCUUGCAAAAGUGGAUCUACGAAUAA